CUCGUCCAUAUGCUCCGCUACCGAUGCGAUCCGGAACAGAUGUUUGCGCUCACGGAAUGUCUGUAGUUUCGUCCGCUUUCGUCCGCUCACUGGCUUUGUUGGACGGGCGCCGCGUUCCUGCCUAUUCGAGAAGACGGAAGGAGCGCGCCUGGUCUGCGAGUCGAUCCAUCAGAAUAAGCCCUGUGUCAUCUGCCUUCAGUCGAGCCGGGCGGCAGGAAUGUGUAACGUUAUCAACGCGCGUCGCCCAACGCCUUGAGUCACGCCGCUCCCUACGUCAGACCACGGGCUUUCGUUUUACUGGCAGCUGACGUAGAGCAUCGUUACGGCGCGAUCGAACUCAUUUUGAAGAGCUUCGAAUUCUCCAGAAGGCCGUACUAACGCCACAAACAAGGAUGUCCGGAGACGAACUGGAGUGCAACGCCUUUUACAAGCUGUUGCAGACGACGUACCGAUCUAAGUACGAAGAGGCUCAAGCCAAUUGCUGGCUCAUAUGCGUACCUCACUCAUCGUCGCUAAAAGGAGUGAAAAUAAACUCGAGAUUCGUCGAUGCCCAUAUCCUGAGGCCAUCACCACUUUUCAAGGGGCAGUACACAUUCUCCGGAAACAAUUUGCAAAAAAGUGUUGAAGUCGAUGGAGCGGAAAUAAAAGCUAUUUCAGGUUUUCCUAACGAGUUCACUGUGAAGAUUCUCGGCGAAGAGCUUUGCUACAACAGGAAGUACAAGCAGUACAGAGUUCUGACCAUAAGCAAGCCUUUUGAAGGUGCGUCGGCCGAUUCGGGCAUGGAAGCCAACGGUUCUCUCACGCCAGCAGACUUGGAAAAGUUUCUGUCUCAUAAAGAGUCCCUGACGUACCUUCGGAGUUUGCCUGAGUCUGCUCCGCUUCUCAAGGAGUUGGACAGGAAGCUGGAGAACUUCUGCGGCACAUACAUGAUCCUGCCUGCCUACUUGCAUGACACAGCACAGAAGCUUAAAGACAUAGUCCUCUGGGCAGUUGAUGCCUUCCAGAAGUUAGAAACACCACCUAUACCAAGUUCUGGUGCAGCCUUUCAGAGGUUAUCUUUGGCUGCAGAAAGCUACGUCAUGGGAGUAGUCCAUCAGAAAGUUUUCGCUGCUGUGAAGCAGUUUUGUCGGCAGGAGGAUGCUGUGCUUGUCGAGAAACUCCGGCAGCUCCACUUGGCCGGCCUCAGCCCCGACCAGCUUGGUGUCCGGGAAUCAUUCUGCUGCCCAUUGCCUCGCUCAGUCGUUGAACUUGCAUCGCUGGACUCGAAGACGACACCCCUAGAAAAGCUCUGGUGCCUAAAGACCACGCUGAAAAUGCUUUCGGAAGAAAUUUACGACUCCACUGCGUACAGCUGUGCCCGUCUGAAAAAUCCCAAUGAACAACUUCACCUGACAUCUGACGACCUGAUUCCAAUCCUGGCCUGUUUGAUUGUCAGAUGCAAGCUGCCCUAUCUGGAAAGCGACCUUUACUACAUUCAAAACUUCAGCUGGAACCUCCCUGAGAAAGACAUGCUUGGGUACACCCUGGUUACCUUCCAAGCUGCUAAGGAGUUUCUAAGGUUGCAAGAUACUUCACACCUGAAGCCAUCCCACACACCCUUGAGGCGAGAGAUAACACCGACAGAAUUGAUGCAUGUCACUGCCAGGCUUCAGAUAUCGGAGAAAAAGAAUGAUGGUAGCAGUGCAGUGGAGACGAAGUCGCAAAAGAACGCAACAACAGCACCAAAAAGCCGUCCCAUCGACAGGCAGCUAGAGCAAGCUGCUAAACUUAUCGAGGCGUCUACUUCAGAGUUUCACCAAAGGGAAACUGAAGAGCUUCAAGAACUGUUCAAGAAUGGAGAUGAAAAGGCCACCAUUGGGGACUUUCUGUCGGGUCUUCAGGACUCAAUCGGUGUCACCUACGGAAAGCUCUGAAAUCAUAUAUUUAGGUCACCACUCGAUGGACUCCAUGUUUUGUACCAUUGCUUAUUUUACAAACUUCUCGGGGUUUGAAUGCUAGGCAUGUUCAUAUUAAGCUGCAGCAUUUACCUGCAACAUGCAAACAUCCCCUCGUUUAAAUGUACAAAUAUUUUUUUUUUACACUGAACAAUUUUAUGGCAUAUAUGUUUUUUAUUGUUUAAAUGUAUCGCUAGGACUGCUGCUGUGCUAUGUUCAAAAACUGCCAAAGCGCAAGACGGAACUUUUGCAACAUACGUGUUGGGAAAUCGGAAAUGUGCGAUGAUGAGAAGUGCCGGAAACAAAAGGCUGCCUGUUUAUGGUUCAUCCGAUCGCAAGCUUACGUGUGCAUAAUGGGCACUAUUUUUCCUGUGUGCAUUGUGAUAGGAAAUUUACCUGGAGCUACUUCAAAUGAUAUUGUUGAGCUGCCACCGUAAUAAGUGGAAGUUGCCGCUUUGUGCAAUUAAAAAGCGCGCUGUCGGUGAAUAACGCCCUGCUUUCAGUUAAUUUUUUGUUGUGAGAAGACAUACCCUUUAGAGACAUUUUGGGACAUCGUAAGAUGAAUGUUACGCCAUAUCAGUUUCAGCUUUGUGUGUGAACUGCAAAAAAAUGUGAAAACAAAUGGGCUUUCAUCCUGAUAAGAUAAAGCUGUUUGUUGGACACACUCGAACCUCGCGAUAUCAGGAUGCAUCGUUAGUACCACUUGUAGACAGGAAUGCAUCGCAUUACAUGCUGAAGCCAUGUUUCAACAGCAUGCUGCAAUGCCACUGCAGCACAGCUAUCUAUAUUUCAUAAGGAUGCUUUGUUUGUUUAAUGCAUUUGAACGUGGUGAUGUGGAAGAAGAAAAAACACUGCUGUCUGAUGUGCAGAAAUGCACAGAUGUCAGUGUUGCAUGCCAUUUUGUGAGAUGGCACACAGUGAUACUUAUACUUGUGUUUCUUUUCUGUUAACAUUGCAUGAAAGAAUAGGACAACAGAUGAACAUCGUUACGACAGUGUUGCAACUAGUAAAGUUCAAGGUGGAGAUUGCAUGUAGUUGAUUGAUCGAUGAAAAAAAUCAACAUUUUUUACUAAAUGCACACAGUUGUAAUUGUGCAGCAUUUACAAGAGUGCUUUGAAGAGUUGUGUUGGAAGCUGAGAAAGAGCAACUUUCAGACAUUUUUUUCUAUGAAGCACAGAGCUGUGAUUUUGAGCCUGUUGCAGAAGCUUGCUUGUAUUACAAGGCAAAGCAAAAUAAGUCAUGCACAAGUUUUUACUUUUGUUUUAUUGCCUUUACUCUAGUGAAUGAAAUGCCAGUUGAUUUGUCUGCAGAAGCUUCUUGAAUGGCAAGUAUAAAUAUGACAAUAUAAACUGACGGAAGUCUUUUGCCCUGUGAUGAUUACACUGUUGCAUAGAAUAAUCGUGAGUGGUUCCUGCAAAGCUAAUUAGCUUUCCCAAAGACUGUUUCUCACUGCAGUUAGUUUGUGUCUGAAAAGCUUUGCUUCAUACUCUGCAUGGAAGUUCUGUGACGUGCUUGUUACACGUGUAAUAAAAUAGUGAACCUAAAAUUUUGGCACAAGUAAACUCUUCAUUUGAUUGUCGCCUUGUGUGCAUUGUCGAUCAUUAAUUGUGGUAUCCUGUGCUUUAUCCUGAAAUGGUGUACACUGUUGCAAAAAUGGAAUGUCUGGAAAAAAUAAUUUUAUUGGCCUUAAAGAACACAUCUUGAUUUUCCCGUAUAACUUCCCUAGGGUACUUCAGGGAAGCACAUUUUAGUAGUGGUACAUUUAUGUUAUGUGCUUGGAAAUAACAGUGAGGUUCAAAAAUUUUUUGUAAUUGUGGUCUUUGUUAGUUCAUAUCUACAUAGUCUUUUUUAGAAAUAUCCUUAGGAAUGCUGAAGCAUGAUUGAAUAGGUACAGAAGCAGUGCUCUGGAAUUACACCAUCUACGCAAUCACUGCAUUCAUACAAGUGCAAACAAAACAACCCUUUCGAGGCAUUGAGUAUGAAUUGAGCAUAGGUGUACUUACAGUAACAAAAACAAAGUCUGGCAACUUAAGGGCUAAUUUUUGCCAUAGGUCUUCUGUUGAUUUCGGCAUCUGCACCCUACCCUCCAUAUUUGCAGUUACCUUUUCUCAUUGGUUGUGGGCCUCAGUAUAAACGGUAACUGUAACAAAACAGCUCUAGCGGUUACCCAGAUAACACACAUUCAAUUGUUAUAUUAUGAGCUUGAUAUGUGUGUGCUUUUGCUUACAUGUGAAAGUGUAAGAACAAAGAAAAUGUACCUAGCAGAUCGACGUGUGAUUAAUGAAUGAAUGAGAGCAUUUUUCAACAUCCCUAUUUCAAUUAGCAGGCACUGUAUAUAAAAAUGUUAAUGAGUAAUUCACACAUAUCUUGCAGACAUGGCUGCAGUCGUAUAGCGUGCACAACUUUUGUGAAGUGUACUGUUCAGUGUGCCGAAUAAACCACAUUAUAUUGUA